GAGACCCAGGACCAAUGAGGAGAAGGCGCUGUAAAGCCGGAAGUCAUUCAACCAAUGGAGGCGAGGAAAAGGCAGGAUGUAAAUGAGCGACAGCAUGACAAGCCAAUCAGAAUCGACGUUUAGAAGCGCUGACCAACAGGAGUGGGACGGAGGCGGAAAAAAAGUGAUAGAAUGAGCGGCAACCUCUGCAGCCAAUCAGAACCUGUUUUAAUGCCCCAACAGCCAAUAAGAAGCAGGAAAAGGUGGGACAAAGCUGCUGAACCAAUAGCAACGAGAAAGAGGAGGAAAACGGCGUGGCGGUGAUUGACAUUAAGAGCAUCCAAUAGGAAAAUAGUAUUUUUAAAGCUUAACCAAUCAGCGAUAGCAACAGGCGGGACUUGCCCCGCCUACUCAAUCACGCUCGGAGGAGAACCCGGAAGCGGCAGGCGGGAUUUCCGCAUCGCCACCCAAUCAGGCGGCGGCGCGGGAACCUAGCAACCAAUGAGGAGCGACGGGAAGGGCGGGGCUUGUCCGCCAUGAACGGAGCGAGCGAGGGCGAUGUCGGCGGCUACAAACGGCGCUGCCGGGCCCUGAAACGGCGCCUGAAGCUGCUGCUCUACGAGCAGGAAUGUUUCCAGGAGGAGCUGAGGAGAGCCCAGCGCAAACUGCUGAAAGUCUCCCGGGAUAAAAGUUUUUUCCCCAAAUUCCCCAAUUUCUCCUCAUUUCCCCUCAGUUUCCUCCUGGACCGGCUCCUCCAGUACGAAAACGUCGACGAUGAUUCCUCAGACUCGGAGGCGACGGCGUCGUCCGACAACAGCGACGGGGACGGUGCCAAGGGGGCGGAGCCAACGCCCGCCAAGAGGCGCCGCUCGCCCUCCCCUCCCCCCCCGGCCUUUGGCCCCUCCCCCUACAUGAUGGCGUCGCCGCCCUACAGCCCCUUCCCGGCGCAGUUCCCGCCCCUCCCCUCGCAGGGCGGGGCCAGGCCACGCCCCUCCCCCGCCCGGCGCAGCAAAGGGACACGGAGGGGGCAGCCUCCUCCCGCCCCUCCCCCUCUGCCCUUUGGUGGGGGCGGGGCAGGGGCAGGACUGUCAGGUGGGCGUGGCCCUGGUUCGCCCCUCCCUCCGCCUGCCCUGGCCCCGCCCCCCGCCCCUCCCCCCAUCCCCCCCACGCUCCCGCGGCGCCUCCUGAGCGACCCCGGGGAGGGGGAGGGGGAGGGCAGCGAUGACCCCCUGGACGGCGACGACGAGCUGGUCAUCGACCUGCCCGAGUGACCCCUGAGUGACCCCUGAGUGACCUCUGAGUGACCCCUGAGUGACCCCUGAGUGACCCUGAGUGACCCCUGAGUGACCUCUGAGUUACCUCUGAGUGACCCUGAGUGACCCCUGAGUGACCCUGAGUGACCCCGAGUGACCCUGAGUGACCCUGAGUAACCCCUGAGUGACCCCUGAGUGACCCCUGAGUGACCUCUGAGUUACCUCUGAGUGACCUCUGAGUGACCCUGAGUGACCCCUGAGUGACCCCUGAGUGACCCCUGAGUGACCCCUGAGUGACCUCUGAGUGACCCCUGAGUGACCUCUGAGUGACCCUGAGUGACCCCUGAGUGACCCUGAGUGACCCCUGAGUGACCCCUGAGUGACCCCUGAGUGACCCCUGAGUGACCCUGAGUGACCCCUGAGUGACCCUGAGUGACCCCUGAGUGACCCCUGAGUGACCCUGAGUGACCCCUGAGUGACCCCGAGUGACCCCGAGUGACCUCUGAGUGACCCCUGAGUGACCCCUGAGUGACCCCUGAGUGACCCCUGAGUGACCCCUGACCCCAAAGUGAGAAGAUUUUCCCUCAAAAAAAGGAAAUUUUAGGUUUCUUCCCUCGAUUUUUGACAAUUUUCCUUAAUUUCUGUUGUUAAUUAAAUGAAUUAAAGUUCCAUCGUUAAUUUCCGCUCUUAA